CCAGCGUGUUUGGUUGGACGUAGAAGUGGAACGCCUCGAAGGUGAUUGGCCGUUACUGGAGGAGGCCAACCGCAGCUGUUCCCGGGGUUCCGAGGAGAACGCACGGAGAGAGGGUUUAAGCAAGGAUGCAGUGACGGGAUUAGUACUGUACGGCGAAGGGCUGAUCGAAUCGCGAGCUGAACGCGUCCGUCGUCAAAUCGCCACCUACGCGCUAUCGCGUCGGCACCUCCGUGAGAGCGCGCGGUCAGCAGAAGAGCAGCAUGUUUUUCGAAAUAAAGAAGCGACCAUUUUGUCAAGACAACUCUGAAGAUGGCACAGGACUGAUGGAGGAUGAGUGACAUUUUUCAGUCUUCCUGCUGUGACGGAGGAGGGACCUGUCGGUGUUUGUGGGCUUGAAAAUGGAUGUUCAAUGAUGCAAGGGCUACCAUGGGCAGCGUCACACUGCGCUACUUCUGCUAUGGGUGUCUUUUCACAUCUGUGACGUGGACCGUCCUGCUCUUCAUCUACUUCAGCCUCAGCCAGGACAGCCAGCCCUUCAGAAAUGUGCCCGUCCCGGGGUCGCAUCCCCUCGGUUACCAGCACCGCUUUCAGCCCCGCUUCACCCGCGGACCAGGGCGCGAGCUCCACCCGCCCAAGGUGGAGCGCAGGCAGCAGCCCCACGAGGCCCCUGUGGCCAACAGGAAGGCUCCAAACCUCUCGCCGGAGAUGGGUAUGAUCUUCAAUGAGCAAGACCAGGAGAUCCGGGACAUGGGUUACCACAAGCAUGCAUUCAACAUGCUCAUCAGCAACCGGCUCGGGUACCACAGAGACCUCCCUGACACCAGGAAUGAGAAGUGUAAAGAGGUGACGUAUCCACUAGCCCUGCCCACUGCCAGCGUGGUCAUCUGCUUCUUCAACGAGGCGUUCUCUGCUUUGCUGCGCACUGUACACAGCGUGCUGGACCGCACGCCUUCGUACCUUCUGCACGAGAUCAUACUGGUGGAUGACAACAGCGAACUGGCGGACCUGAAGGAGGACCUGGACUCAUACAUCGAGCAGAACCUCCAGGGGAAGGUGAAGCUGGUGCGCAAUGAGGAGCGCCAAGGCUUGAUCCGAGGGAGGAUGGUGGGGGCGGCGCACGCGACAGGGAAGGUGCUGGUGUUCCUGGACAGUCACUGCGAGGUGAACGAAAUGUGGCUGGAACCGCUGCUGGCGCCAAUCAAGCAGGACCGGCGUACGGUGGUGUGUCCCGUCAUAGACAUCAUCAGCGCCGACACGCUGGUCUACAGCCCGUCGCCCAUCGUCCGCGGGGGCUUCAACUGGGGCCUCCACUUCAAGUGGGACCCCGUGCCCCCAUCAGAGCUCAACAGCCCCAAUGGAGCUGUCGCCCCCAUCAGGUCUCCCACGAUGGCAGGGGGCCUGUUUGCCAUGGACAGGGGCUACUUUGAUGAGCUCGGUCAGUACGACAGUGGCAUGGACAUCUGGGGAGGGGAGAACCUGGAGAUCUCCUUCAGGAUCUGGAUGUGUGGGGGUCAGUUGCUGAUCAUCCCCUGCUCGCGGGUCGGCCACAUUUUCCGCAAGAGGCGUCCCUACGGCUCUCCGGGGGGGCAAGACACAAUGGCGCACAACUCCCUGCGCUUGGCCCACGUCUGGAUGGACGAGUACAAGGAGCAGUACUUUGCCCUUCGCCCGGAGCUGAGGAGCCGCGACUAUGGGGACAUCAGCGAGAGGCUGGCGGUGCGCCAGCGGCUAAAGUGCCACUCCUUCAAGUGGUACCUGGACAACAUCUACCCUGAGAUGCAGGUGUCGGAUCCACGCAAUAAAGCGCAGCAACCUGUCUUCGUCAACAAGGGUUUGAGGAGACCCAAAGUGCUGCGGAGGGGAAGGCUCCGAAACCUACAAACGGACAAGUGUCUGGUGGCCCAAGGCCGUCCCAGUCAGAAGGGUGGCAUGGUGGUGGUGCACGCCUGCGACUCCCACGAUGCCGAGCAGGAGUGGACCUACGAUGAGGAGCACGAGUUCAUCCUGGCCGGGAUGCUCUGCCUGGACGUGUCAGAAAUGCGCUCGUCGGACCCGCCGCGUCUCAUGAAGUGCCACGGCUCGGGGGGCUCGCAGCAGUGGACCCUUGGGAAGAACAGUCGUCUUUACCAAGUGUCUGUGGGCAAGUGCCUGGCAGUGCUCGACCCACUCAGCCAUAAAGGGUAUGUUGCCAUGGCGAUAUGCGACGGCUCUCUGGCCCAGCAGUGGCGACUGGAGGACUGAUCCCUGCCAAGCGGGAGGAAGUGGGGACAUGGAUGGGAGGGCUACAUAAUUCAUGGACCCCCCUCUAGGGCAGUGCUCAUCCUGGCCCCCUUUGUUGGCGCUGAAGCUACUCACUGUUGCAAAGAGUAGAAGGCAGGAUGCAUCCUUUUCUGCGGCAAGACAUGUGUGUGUCCAGCAGGUAGGACACAGCUGUGGGCUGAACAUGUUUGUGGUUUCAGAAUUUUAAAACAAUACAAUGCCUAUUUAUAUUAAUCGGAUUUUAACUACUUUCAUCUGAUUUUUACAUAAUUUGCAAGUGCCCACCCCUCCCCCACAGUUGCAGUUGUAUUCCAAACAUUAAGAUAUGAUCAAUAAGUUUGUAGUACAACCAAUACCAUUGUGUUUUUUUUGUCAGAUAGUUUGAAGGUUUUAAUCACCAGAAAAGACCUCUGUCGGCUUGUCCAACAGUUAAAACAGGAGUGCAGCACGUUUCCCUGAGAAGAAAUACUUGUCAAAGGUUCGAAUACACAUCAUCAUGAAUGUAUUACUCUACAUUUGGAACAUGCAGUGGUCAUUUUGUAAAUACAACAAAAUAAAUUUUAAUGGAGUUCAGUUUUUUUUGUGGAGGGGCUUUCCUGUCAGUCUAUAUCACCGCAUCACACUGAUUUACCACAGCUCUACUGUAUAACUGCAUUACUGGCAUACCUGUUAUGUCAAAGGAGAUAUCUUAAAGCUAUACAACAAGAUGUAAAAUAUUUUAUUUUCUUGUAAAUGCUUCUAAAUCUGGAUCCACAAACUCAAAACCCAUUACACUCUUUAUACUUCAAAAAGGUUUUUUUUUUUUUUUUUAAAACAGUAGCUACUACUAUACAGGACAAAAACAUAGAACAAAUACUGGUAAUAUGCUGGAAUAUUGUACAAGAGAAAGUAUCCAAGGAACAAUUACAACUAUUGCAGGAAAAUAUAUAUACACAAUUGAUUCUUCUGAAAGUUAAAAAAUACAUCAUGCCAUAUACAUUGAAGUUCAAGACUGCCUUUGCGUAUAGCAACACCUGUACAGUCCAUUAAAGUUGUGCACAAAAAAUGAGAAGUUCUUGUCAUUUCAAACUUGCUCACAAAGGGUCAGUACCAGAUUCUUUAUUUCUUAAGUCAAAACAUCCCAUUUCAGAAGAUCGAUCAUUUUUUGACCAAACAAAUAUUUCAAUAAGCGUAAACAAAAGCAAAGUUAUUUCAUUUUAAAUCAUUUUCACUCUGAUUGCCAAGCUCCUUAACACAGCAGCAAAGGCCAAACUACUUCCAGAGAAAUCUGACAGACUUUUAAGACUGCAUGAUUUGAAUGUUAAAGUGAGACCAUUUGCACAUGCUCAAGUUAAAAAGCUUUAAGUUUCAUAUGGGAUGUUUUAGAAACCUAAAUUCACAGUUAUCACUAUUUCUAAACUCAAAUGUAAGGAUGUCACCAUGAUUUCCAUCUGAUCUGCCUUGUGAGGCCACAAUCCCACAUUUCAUAACAAAAUGAUCAUUAAAGGCCAAAAAACCUUAACAGGGAAAUAAUGUUCAAGUGGUCAGAAAACAUUAGAUCAACAACAAUACUAAACUCUAAGUUCACA